AAGAAAUGAGUGAUCGAGUGGCACCUAUCGUGAUGGCGCCCAAGGGCAGUACCGGUGCACAGACACUAGACAAACCAUUCAAGUUCAUGGCAGAAGUCCUCAUCCUGUUGGUUAAGACUUCCCACAUAUGCCCGCUCAGUCAACCGUCGACUCACGCCUUCAGAUCGGCGCCAUCUACCUCCUCCUAUUCAUCCGGGAUCGCGAUAUCGACAAGGGCUUCCACUGGGCACUAUACCACCACCGCACCCUUACUGGUUUUACAAGUUCAACGUGAAGCAGAUGGGGUCAGGCUGGAUCUGUGACAGCGCCCCCAACAACGGCAUCAUGCAUUCCUUCCUCCUCGACGGCGCCCUGUGUAUCGGCUUCUGCGACCCCGCAGAGGCAGACGCGCUCGCGUGGAUCGAUCGCGUGUGUUUGACGGAGCCCCCCGCUCCGUUUGACACGUUCACAUGUCGAACGUGGACCAUGCACUGUGUGCGUGGCCUUAUCAAGCAGGGCUUUGUCAAGUGUGACGACCCCGACGCCUUGGAACAAGAGGCCAAAGCCUGGGGGGUGCUCCACCACCAGAGUGCCCACGACGGAGUGAUGCCCCGCCCCAUUAACGAUUCGAAGGUUUGCAAACUUUAAGCAGGCUAGUUUAUAUAUAUCUGCUAUU